UUGAAUCCAGAAUGCUUAUCUUCAGGUAUAAAAUGCGUAAGUGCGUAGUAUACGGAGGAUGUGGAGGGCUAGGUCGUGAGAUUGUGAACUAUCUCAAAAUCAAGGGAGUCUGGACAUUAUCAGUUGAUAUCGGUUCCAAUGAUGCUGCUGAUGCUAAUGUCCUAGUGUCACUUACAGAUGGCUGGACAGCUCAAGAAAAGAACGUUCUCAGUGCUAUAGGAGUAGUAUUGAAAGGAGAGAAGCUAGAUGGAGUUAUUAACGUGGCAGGAGGAUGGGCUGGGGGUAACACUGUGGAUCCAGAUUGGGUUAAGAAUGCAGAUCUAAUGUGGAAACAAUCAGUUUGGAGCUCAAGUAUUGCAGCCAGUAUAGCAGCUCACCACCUUAAGACUGAAGGUUUAUUGGUUCUUCCUGGCGCUAGACCUGCAACUGGAGGUACUCCAGGAAUGAUGGGAUAUGGAAUGGCAAAAGCGGCAAUCCAUCAGCUAGUCAAGAGCCUUGGAUCAGAAUGCUCCGGUCUUCCUUCUGGAGCAUGUGCUCUGGGUAUACUUCCUGUAACUCUAGACACCCCGAUGAACAGGAAGUUCAUGCCAGAUGCUGACACGUCAACUUGGACACCAUUAACAGAAGUGGCAAGAAUCCUAAAUAACUGGCUGGAGAACAGAGAGCGACCCAGUUCUGGAAGCCUAGUUGCCAUGCUUACUGAGAAGGGAAACACUUUUUUGCUCCUGGAGAAUUGAAGAUUAGGGAUGAGAAAAACUAUGUAAAUUCUAAGAAAUUUUGUUUUGAAAUAAAAAGAUUAUUUCUGUAAUGAAAGAAAAAAGA